CACAUCAUCGUUAUAACUUCUGAAAAAAAAAUACAGCGACAGUAAAAAAUCCAACUUCUUUCCCUUAAGAUUACGCAGAUAAUCAUAACAUUAACGCGCGAGACAGUGUUACCACAAUGAGAACUUGAAAUGUGUGAAAUUUACGAACGAGAUCCCCGCGGAGACCCGAGGGAACGGCGAAAGGAGCACGGUCGUCAAGGUGUGGGAACAAUGAAGACAGGAUCCUCGUCUCGGCCUGAAGGAGGCGCAAGAGGAGGAGAAGGAGAAGCAGAAAGAGAAGGAAGAGGACAGUGCAGCGCGACUCGGGAGGGCACCGCCCCUCACGCGAGAAUCCUCGGUCGCUUCGCCUCCUACCGACUCUCACCGAUGCCCUGCCUGCUGGUGCUGUCCGCUCUGCUUCACCUCGCCACGGCUUCCGACGUCAUCAGAAUAGGUGGCUUGUUCGACCUCUCCGACGAGCGUCAGGAGGUCGCUUUUCGCUACGCCGUCGACGCCAUAAACAGUGACCGGAAACUCCUUGCGCACGCGCGGCUCUCGGCGCAGAUCGAGAAGAUUCCGCCGAGUGACUCCUUCAGAGGAUCAAGGAAAGUUUGCUCUUUGCUCAAGACCGGAGUGGCAAGCGAUCUUCGGCCUCAGUCUGGCCAGACCUCGGCCCACGUGCAGUCGAUCUGCGACGCGCUGGAAAUCCCUCACAUCGAGAACAGAUGGGAUUUCAGGCUCACGAGGGACGCCUAUUCGGUCAACCUGUACCCGCACCCGUCGACGCUGGCGAAGUCGUCCCCCCUCCCCAUCCCGCAGACGGAGGUGGCACUCAUGUACGACGCCGUGCACCUCUUCGCCAAGGCACUGGACGACCUCGACCGCUCACGCCACAUUGACAUCACGCCCCUCGAGUGCGACGGAGACAUCACCUGGGUGCACGGGAAUUCUCUCAUUAACUACAUGAAGUGGGUCCAGGUGAACGGACUGACGGGCCUCAUCAAGUUUGACACAGAAGGCUUCAGAAGGGACGUGACGCUCGACAUUGUGGAGAUGAACAAGGAGGGUCUUAACAGGGUUGGCAAGUGGGACCCGACCAGUGGUGCCAACUACACCCGGACGUACAGUGAGAUUCAGCAGGGUAUUGUGGAGAGCCUUCAGAACAAGACGCUGAUUAUCUCCACUAUUCUCGCCUCCCCCUACACCAUGCUGAGAGAAACGUCCGAACAGAUGACCGGAAAUGAUCGGUAUGAGGGCUUCUGCGUCGACCUUAUCCACGAGAUUUCCGAGAUCAUUGGCUUCAACUACACGUUAAAGCUGGCGGACGACAGUAACCACGGGAAAUUCGACCAGAAGCUCCAGAAAUGGAACGGGAUGAUAGGCGAACUUCUCGAUCAGAAAGCUGACCUGGCAAUCGGUGAUUUGACAAUCACAUACGAGAGAGAGCACGCUGUCGACUUCACAAUGCCCUGGAUGAACCUAGGCAUCAGCAUCUUGUACAGGAAACCCACCAAGAAACCACCGAACCUUUUCAGCUUCCUGUCGCCGCUCUCCCUCGAUGUCUGGCUCUACAUGGCGACGGCUUAUCUGGGUGUCUCGCUGCUCCUCUUCGUGCUCGCGAGGUUUUCCCCCUACGAAUGGUCGAACCCCCACCCGUGUGACGCCACCCCGGAUAAACUGGACAAUGAAUUCUCACUUCUCAACUGUCUGUGGUUCUGCAUUGGUUCUCUCAUGCAGCAGGGAGGAGACCUCCUGCCGAAAGCGGUGUCCACCCGCAUCGUGGCCGGCAUCUGGUGGUUCUUCACUCUCAUCAUGAUCUCCUCGUACACCGCCAACCUCGCUGCCUUCCUGACGGUGGAGAGGAUGGAGUCUCCGAUCGAAUCCGCGGAGGACCUCGCCAAGCAGACCAAGAUCAAGUACGGUUCCAUGUACGGCGGAUCGACUUGGAACUUCUUCAGUUCCUCCGAAGUACCGACGUACCAGCGGAUGUUCAGCUUCAUGGAAUCCCAGAACCCGAGUGUGUACACGAAAUCGAACGAGGAGGGGAUGACGCGAGUACUGAAGGGCGACGGCCAGUACGCCUAUAUGAUGGAAUCGUCGAGUAUUGAGUAUAUAACGGAAAGGUACUGCGAUCUCACCCAAGUCGGCGGCCCUCUCGAUUCAAAGAGCUAUGGUAUUGCUCUGCCGCCAGGCUCGCCCUACACGAACACCAUCUCGGAGGCAAUCCUGAACUUGCAAGAGAGUGGAAAUCUCCAAAAGCUUAGGACGCGCUGGUGGAAGCAGAAAAAGGGAGGGGGGAAGUGUGAAGAUGACGAGUCGAAGAGUUCAUCAAAGGCCAAUGAACUCGGUCUGAACAACGUCGGCGGUGUGUUCGUGGUUCUCUUGGCCGGAAUGGGACUGGCGUCGGUCGUGGCGGUGUGUGAAUUUGUGUGGAAAUCAAGAAAGUUGGCAACCGAGGAACACAGAUGAGUAAAGAACUCAAGUUCGCCCUCUCCUGCGACGCGUCCUCCAAGCCGGUAAGGAAGAAGCCGCAGGACCAAGAGAACAACGGGCCAUCCUAUCUGUCCGUGAACACCUACGGCUCCACCUACACCACCUCACAGUACUCCUUCUCGUCCAAGGACCCGCUCUCCUGACAACUGCCGGACCUUCCAUCACACGCCUCCCGCGAGAAGCUGGGGCCUGACGACAUCCCGACGCCCCCCCUGGCUGCCAUCAGGGGGGCGCAGUCCCUGGACCGCAUUUCCCGCCGGUCCGCGCCCCCAGCGACCCCGGAGGCGGCAGCAGAGGAACAGCAGGAAGGCAACCUGCAGUCUCCGGACUUGCCCUUCCAGCUGAUUUCCACCGUAUGACGCUAGGGGAGCCUGGGUCACCGCCGGUCGCGUCACACAGCGAUCACGCACAUCGCUCGAUCACAGCUCUGAUUCUUGACGGAUCUUCGUUCGUGUUUUCAGUUUCGCUCCGUUCUGCGAGGUUCGAGAGGCGGGUUAAAAGAGCUUCGACAAAAUUUUCUCCUAACUACGGCGCAUUUUGAAAAAAAA